GCCCAGGCAGGCUGGUGGGCAGUGGGCUGGGGCUGAGCUGGUUUGGGGACUGUUGAGAAGGAAGGUCACUCCUGUUUGAAAUUCUGUGGUUCUGUCUCCCCAACUAGACCGUGAGCUCCGGCAAAGCAGGGGCUGCCUCUGACGUGUCCCCUGCUGGGACCCAAAACCUGGAACUGCCUGGCACAUAGCCCUCUAGGUGGUUGCUGGCAUGGAGGGCCCUCUGGCGGAGUGCGCCAAGGGUGAGCACUUCCACAUCGUCACACCUCUGCUGGAGAGCUGGGCACUGUCCCAGGUGGUGGGCAUGCCUGUCUUCCUCAAGUAUGAGAACGUGCAGCCGACUGGCUCCUUCAAGAUCCGUGGCAUUGGACGUUUCUGCCAGGAGGUGGCCAAAAAGGGAUGCAGACACCUGGUGUGCUCCUCAGGGGGUAACGCAGGCAUCGCUGCCGCUUACGCUGCUCGGAAGCUGGGCAUCCCAGCCACCAUUGUGCUCCCCGAGGGCACCUCUCUGCAGGUGGUGAGCAGGCUGCAGGGGGAGGGGGCCGAAGUUCAGCUGACGGGAAAGGUCUGGGACGAGGCCAAUCUAAGGGCACAAGAGUUGGCCAAGAAGGACGGCUGGGUGAACAUCCACCCGUUUGACCACCCCCUGAUAUGGGAAGGCCACGGGAGCCUGGUGCGGGAGCUGAAGGCAGUGCUGGGGACCCCACCGGGUGCCCUGGUGCUGGCAGUGGGGGGCGGAGGCCUCCUGGCCGGGGUGUCAGCUGGUCUGGCGGAGGUGGGCUGGCAGCACGUGCCCAUAAUUGCCAUGGAGACCCAAGGGGCACACUGUUUCAAUGCGGCCGUUAAGGCAGGCAGGCUGGUGACACUGCCGGACAUCACCAGUGUAGCCAAGUGCCUGGGUGCCAGGACGGUGGCUGCACAGGCCCUGGCGUGUACGAAGGAGUUCAAGGUCUUCUCUGAGGUGGUGGAGGAUGUUGAGGCCGUGAGCGCUGUGCAGCGGUUCCUGGACGAUGAGCGAAUGUUGGUGGAGCCUGCCUGCGGGGCAGCCUUAGCCGCCAUCUACUCAGGCCUCCUGGGGAGGCUCCAGGCUGAGGGCCGCCUGCACCCUUCCCCGGCCUCAGUCGUGGUCAUCGUGUGUGGAGGCAACAACAUUGACAGUGGAGAGCUACAGGCUCUGAAAGCCCAGCUGGGCCAGGGCUGAGGGCUCCUGGUUUAGGAGGGCCGGCUGGUCCCUAGUGAUCCCCAAGAGGCUCCUGGACACCCCUGGAGGGGGUUGCUGGCUGAGGGGCCUCUGUGCUCAUGGAUGGCAGUGGCAGCUGCCCUGUGCUGCUACGCUGGCUGCCUCCUGCAGGAAGCCCUCCUGAACUCCCUUUGGCUUCCCUGCAGCUCUGGCCAAUAAACCCUUUCUGAGUUGGGCGUGUAACUCCAGCAGGUCCAUUUUUUCCGCCUCCAUGAACUCAGAGAAAGCACACAGCAGCCUGAUGCCAGUGCUCUGAUGAAGUGACUCUCUUCACAUGACACAGCUUGUGCAACAAAGCCAAGAAUUCAGAACUCCGGUUCCUAAGGGAAUCCGGCCAUGCUGAGCUCCUAACCGGGCUUCCCUUCCCUGGCGGACCUGCUCAGGAAGGGGAGGGGGACAUUCUGUCACUUCUCAGGCCUGGGCUGGUAGGACAAUAUUACCAAUCUUUAUCAAGUGCUUGUCAUGGGCCAGAAAUGCUUCUAAGAACUUUCUAUUCCUUGGCUUCUUUAACGUUCACAAAGGCACUAUGAAGUAGAAACCAUUAUUAUCGUCCCUGUUCUACAGAUGGGGACACUGAGGCAUGGAAAGGUGACAUAACUCACUCGAGGUCACACAGGCUGGAAUGUAGCCCGGCCAGUUUCAAACCCUGUGAUUUUCGACAUGACUCUGUAUUUCUUGGACCUCCGCCUUCUUUGUGUGGUGGGACAUUGGAGAAGGAGGUAGGGCCUCCAGGUCGGUCUGGACACAAGGAGGGUGGACACUGGUCCUGAAACUGGGCACCUGCAGCCCCUGGGAAGGAUCUCUUCAGAAACCGAGAGAAAAGUAGAAUCCUUUGUGGCCACCAGGGGGCAGCAAACUGUCUCCAAUGGGGAAGCCCGGCUCCAGGCAGGUGAGACCUGCCCCAGGGUCUUCCUUGACUCUACCCAGCCGGGGAGUGCUGAGGUCCCAGAGGCGAAUGGGCCCGCACAGUCUGGGCAUGGGGGGAGCCCUAUCCAACCCCUCCCAGCGCUGCAGGAAACAAGGCUCAGAGAGGGUGGGGGCCACCCUGUGUCACAGCCCAUGGCAGAACCCAGCUUCCGGCUCCCGCUGAGGGGCUGCCUCAUGAGGGCUGUGUGACCUUGGGCAAGUGCCUUCUCCUCUCUGGGCCUCAGGCUGCCCCUCUGUGCUGGAGGAGGCCCACUUGCUGCUUCCCACCUCCUUUCCUGUGGCCAAACUGUUCCCUCCACCAGGUGUGGCUGAGGAUUUGAGAGCAGCAGUGGCCUCCCUCUGCUUCUCCCGCUGCUUCGGUUUCAUCCUCCCUUUGACCGUAGACGUCCACCUCGGUUGCCAAGGUUGUCCCUCCAAAAGGCUCCAGGACCCAGCCCUAUGUCCUUGUGGGUUCCUGGAAUAGACACUGAGCGCUCCAGAGCGGGACACAGCCAGGCUUGAGCCUGAACUUUGCUCCUACUCACUACCACAGUGACCUUGAGUAAAUGAUGGUCUGGUUCAGUACCUCAGUGUUCUAAUUAGUAAAAUGGGUUGUUUGCAGAUUCCGCCUAGGACCCGGCACAGGUGUCGUCUUUCAGUAACUGCUAGUUCUUACCAUUUCCUGAGUGUUCCUCCUGCAACAGUGAGGGGUGCAGAGGAACUAGUAGUUAUUCUUGUGUUGAGCACCUACUGUGUGCUUCGGGUCUCAGCAGUCAUUUCAGUUAAUCCUGCAGUAACCUAUGUGGUAGAUACUAUUAUAAUCUUCAUGUUUGCAAAUGAGGAAACUGAGGCACAGAGCAGUCAAGCACUUACUCCAAGUCACACAGCUGAACUGGAACGCUGCUAUGCAAACACCUGGACUUGUGCCUCUAACCACGACUGCUCUCCUACCACCUUUCCUUUGCUUAAGCCAUGCCUCCUGCAUGCCAUGCCCUCUACGCUUCUAAAUCCUACACAUUCUUCGAAGCUCAGUGUAAAGGCAGCCUCCUCCCUGAAGCCCCUGGGAUUGCUUCAGCCAGAGACCGUCUCCCCAACCCCACACUCCUCCAGGUGAGUGGCAGAGCCCGUCUCCACUCCAGGUGCUCUGUCUCCCACUCAGGCUUCCUGUCCUUGGCUGCACUCUUGGGAGACCUUUCAGCUGCCAUUUGCUCCUCUCCUGGUCUCGGCAAGCUUGAGAUAAGAACCCGAGGGGCCUGUUGACCCUGUUCAGAUAACACAUGUCAAUUACCUUGGAGUAGCCCUUCCUGGUUGACAUCCAAGGAAUGCCAAGGGCAGGGCAGAGGCACAGGGAGAGAGCAGGACGUGGAUGGUUGAAGCUGAGGUGAUGGUUGUUAUGACCUGAUGUAGCAGGAUGGGCACUGGAGCUGAGAAACUAUUGCCAUUCUGCCUUUGCCCUCCUGGACCACUCAGUGGGGGAAAUGGGGAGCCUAUGAAGAGCGUCCUGGGAGCACGAGAUUUUCUGUAUUGGUCCAGGGCUCUGUGGAGAGCACUGAACACUGGGUCACCAGGUGUGUGUACCUGCCUGAGAUACACCCAGCUUCCCCAUCCCAGCUGGGGCCCCUCUCCUGGGAGGGGGGGCCCUUUGGUUCCCUGUGGGUUCUACCAGCCGAGGUUCCCUCUGUCUUCUCAUCAGGUGGACUCUAAAACCCCUGCCUCCAGAGGCUGCCUCCGUCUAGUCCUUCACUCCAGCCUUAAGCCAAGGUGACGGUUGAAAUCCAGCCUUUGGUUGGCAAAGGGGGUGUUUUUACCCCAGAGCUGGCCCCAGGCAUGGCAGGGGCAUGGGAAGGCGGACCAGGGUUAUGCCACUGCUGCUCUCCUUUCUCCAGCCUGGGCAAGAGCCCAGUACAAAGCAGAUACGUGCUCCAGUACCUUCAGAGAAGGGUCUGACCCUCAGUUGUGGACACGAUGACUCAGACUGGCUUUAUGUCCCAAGUCAUCUGUGCAUGGCUGUGUGCUUUUGUACCUGUGGGCAUGCAUGUAUGUUUGUGUCCAUGUGUGGGAGAGUGCAUGCACUCAUGUAUUUAUGAGGCAACACUUGCAAUUCAUUGAAGGAUUUCCCUCAAACCGUGUAGAGCUUCACAUUUUUGCACUUGGGACUUAUAAUCCAGUCACUAGCCAGGCAUCAAACUCAGAUGUAUACGAUGAGGCAGGUUGGGGGCUAGACAUUAGGGAGUGGUGGGGAUUGGAGCAAACGGGGAAGCUCCUAUUCUGCCUAAAGGAGGUGGCCACUGCUCAAGUUUAUCCAAUAGCAGGUCCAGCAUAACAGAUCCCCUAAUUGCUUGGUGUUAGCUCAGAUUCAAAGCAAUUUAGGAAAAGCCUGCAUAUUUAUAAAAAGGCUCUGGACAGGUCCUGCAGGGAAGGAGGAGGAACCUGUGACCCCAACCUCAGCCAAUCCAAGCACUGCAUUCUCUCUGGCCAUGGUGACUGGUUCAGGGCAGGCCCAGGAGCCAAACUGUCCAAUCAGAGCAGCUCUCAGGAUGUGAGCUGGGAAUUGUUUGGCAAAUUCUGGAGACAUGUUUGAUUGCCACAACUGGGUUGGGGGAGCGUGCCCCUGGCACCAGGUGGAUGAGGUCCAGGGAAGUUGCCCGACACCCUACAAUGCACAGGAUGGCCCCCACGGCAAGGAGUAACUGGACCUUAGAGCAGUAGAGCCAAGGUUGGGAAACCCUGUGUUAGGCAAAUCUCAUCUCUUCUGGACCUUUUUCUUGGGAGGGGGGAGGUGUCUCUGGAUUAUUUCUAUUUGUGUAUUCCCGGGAGAUGGCAUGCUGUUUUAAUUGUUAUCACUUUAUCAAGCAACUACUCAAUGCCUGGGAGGAGUCCCUGUCUUACACAUGAAGAAAGGGAUGCUGAGAGAGAGGCAGAACCCAGGCCCACUCCAGAGUCAAGGACCCUAAUUACCAUAACAGCCAGAGUAGCCAGGGGUUCCACAGUGGAGGAAAGGAGGCAGGUGGAACCCCGGUCCGCCCCCUGUAGAACCUGGUUCGCUGAGCUGUGAUGACGGGCAGGUAGUGAACCCAAUGAGGCAACGCAUCUCACCAAGUCCCUAAACCCACUGGACUGCUUUUUUUUUAAAAAAAAGUUUAUUUAUUUAUUUGGCAAGCCGGGUCUUAGCUGCGACUUGCCAGCUCCUUAGUUGUGGCAGGCGGGCUCCUUAAUUGUGGCAUGCGAACUCUUAGUUGCAGCAUGUGGGAUCUACUUCCCUGACCAGGGAUUAAACCCGGGCCCCCUGCAUUGGGAGCGUGGAGUCUUAACCACUGUGCCACCAGGGAAGUCCCUGGACUGCUCUGAAGAAGAAACUUCUGGAAAAUUUAAAUGAUCCCACCAACACCUCACCAGGGUAGCGGCUGAAUUUACGGAAUCCGUUUACAGAAGCUCUUUAUAUGAAGCUGGGGUUAUUGAUCCUAGUUUAUAGCAGAAGAAACAGGUUUAGAGAAGCAGCGCCAGGAGCCUCCAGUCACACAGCGGGUUGAUCUGUUUCCUAAGUGUCUUAACCUUUUGGUUAGUUGAGAUAGGAUGGUUAAGAAAGCUUCUUUGAAAAGGUGACAUUUGAGCUGAGGACUGAAGGAAAUGAAGGUGUAUGUGGGGGUGUAUGGGGGAAGAGCAGAGGGAACAGCAUGUGCAAAGGUCCUGAGGUGGGAGCCUGUGAGGAGGCCACUGUGAAUGCAGAGGGAAGGGCAAGGGAGAGAAAGUAGAUGAUGGUGGAAGAUGGACAGGGAGGUAAGGAGUGUGCAUGGGUGGAGGGAAGGGCCACCAGAUCACGAAAGGCCUUGUGGGCUGUGGUCAGUACUUUGGUGUUUACUCUGAGGACGAUGAAGAGCCCUAGGGGAGUGGAGCAUGAGACCAUAUCCCUGCCUCCCGUCUCCCUCCGCU